CUCGCGCUAUCCGCCUCGUCUCCCCGUCCGUCAUCCAUGGCCGCCGCAGCCGUGUCCACCGCGGCCUCCCUCACGCUCCCACGCCGCGCGGACCACGCCAGGGGCUCCUCGCUCCGGAGGCGGCAUUGCUGCGUCAGGCCGCUCGCCGCCGCCUCCUCCUCUUCGCAGCCCACCGCCACCACCAGCGGUGACUCCCCAUCCCCGCGGCGCCAGGUGCUCGUGGCGGGGGCUGCGGCCGCCGCGGCGUUCGUCUCUCGGCCUACUCCUGCGGCAUUCGCAGAGGGCACGAAAGGGUUCCUGGGUGUCAUCGACAGGAAAGCUGGCUACUCCUUCGUCUACCCGUUCGGAUGGCAGGAAGUGUCUGUGCAAGGCCAAGAUAAGGUGUACAAAGAUGUGAUCGAGCCUUUGGAGAGUGUCAGCAUCAACAUGAUUCCGACCAUCAAGGAAGACAUCCGUGACCUCGGUCCUCCAGAGCAGGUUGCUGAGGCUUUGGUACGGAAAGUUCUUGCUCCACCUACGCAGAAGACAAAGUUAAUUGAGGCAAAACAGACUGAAAUUGACGGAAGAGCUUACUACACUUUCGAGUUCACAGCCCAGGCUCCAAAUUUCACCAGACAUGCACUUGGUACAAUUACCAUAGCAAAUGGUAAAUUUUACACGUUAGCUACUGGCGCAAACGAGAGGAGAUGGGAUAAGAUGAAGGAAAGGCUACAUACAAUCGUCGACUCGUUCAAAAUCGAAACAAAAGUGUGAGGGGGCACAUGAGAUCCUGUGCUGAUUGUCCUCGUUGAUUGUUCGUUUUCAGAGCUGCAGCUGGUAUGAGGUUCGACCGUAAAUGUCGGGAAUGUGGAUUGUACUGAUCUUUUUUUUUCUUCUUCUCUUUUCAAAUGUGUGAUUUCAGAUACCUUUUUUUUUGUAUGUAUAUCUUCUUCCACCCUCUGUACUGCCACCCUUGGACUAAGGAGAUCCAGGACUCUGUAAAUGUGUCACGAAAAUAAGAAAUGUUAAAUAGA